AUGCUGCUUCACUUUGCCUUGAUGAGUGGCCAGGAGGUAGCUGUUGAAGCACUGCCAGAAGAUAUUGUGGACGAUGUCCUAAACCGAGCACAAGAUGCAUUGAAUGUCGUGUUGGUGUCCAUGAUCAGCUCAUCAGGGGCUUUGUUGAAUCUCACCAGGUCCCUGGAGGAUGAGGGAGUUCAGGAUGGAGAUAGAUUGAUUGUUGUAGUGGACAAAUCGGACCCCCCCCAGGCAGUGGCACAGCAACAGCUUUAUCUUGGCAGCCCUGAAAAAGGAUGGACAGCUGGUAGUUUGGGGAGGUGA